AUGGAUGACGACCACCAGCCGGUGCUGCAGCGUCUCCGCGCUGAGUUAGUGCGGAGACAGCGCCAGCCACGGGGACGGCCACCACGACGGCUUCACGGUCGGCCACCACGAUGGCCACAGCGAUGGCAACGACAACCAGAGCCCAACUACUGGGCGUUGCCGCAGCACCAGCGUAACACCGAGGACCACGACCAGCUCGUGGCUGACAACAGGGCACUCUUUGGAGGCCUGAACCAUCCCAUCGACGACGUGCCGUUCCAGAGUGACGGGGGCGAGCCCGGCGACGUAUUCGCCCACGCGGCGCUCGAUGUGGCAGGCGACGUGGGCGUCGACCAAGUGCAUGUGCCACUCGAUAUGGAUCCGCUGUUCGACGGCAACGGCGCCCAGGACUGGGGCGACCCCGGGCCUCAGCAAGGGCACGUCAACGCGGGCGCCGACAUUGCUGCCGACUUGGACGUCGGCCAACUCCUUCAGCAAGCAGACAACAUCCUCCGUGUUAUGGAGGGAUGCGUGGACCCGAAUCUUCUCGGUGCUGAUGCUUUGGAGCCCUUUUUCUUCAACCUCCGGGACAAUGCUGGCGUGGGCCAAGCCUUGAACAACGCUGGAGAAGGCGAAGGCGAAGGCGGUGAUGAUGGCGGUGCCCACAAUGGUGAUGACCAGGGUGCAGGUAGCGAUGAUGAGGAUGAUGAUGGCAAUGAUGAAGGACCCCGCACCACUGCCCUGAGAACCCUGCCACCAAAGCCCGAGUACGUGCACCCGCCGACUCCCUCCGACAACGAUGACCUCACAGCCUUCAUCGAGCAGCUGGCUCUCGGCGACGUGGACGGCGCGGAGCUGUUGCAGUUCAUGGCACAGGAGGUCGACCUUGCUCGCGGGCUGGCGACCUUCUUCCAGCCUGCGCUGGUCGUAACCAGAGCCACGGCAGCGGUGAUCAAGGUCGCCCUGGGACGCAUCCACCCCAUGCUCGAGGUGAAGUUCAAGGACCAGCGCCGCAAAGUGCAGAACAACUGGACCCAGACGUGCAAACGCCGCUUCGAGAAUGCGCUCGAUCACUGGCAGCGCCUCAAGACCCGCGCCCUCAGGAACGAGAUCGACGCGGCCAACUACACCCUGCAGGCGCUCACGGCCCUGCAACGCCGUGUGACACCCGCUGAAGGCCCUCUUUUUGAGGGGUACUGA